UGUGAGUACGCUUGCGCGACUGCGGUAUUUCUAGGUACCGUAGGGGAGUACUGUCACUGUCUGCAGAGAAUAAAGCAAGGACGUGAAGUCAUUGCUAGUCUUCUUAGCCUUACAGUUAGUUAGUCUCUUGAUAGAGUUUUGUGAUAAUAAUUUUUGUUUGCAAAUAGUAGCAAAGGAUACGUCUGCUGUGGGCUGUUUUCUUGAACGUACUUCUCGAAUCCCCCCGGCUUGUCACCUGUAUUAAAUAUAACCGUCUGGGGCUCGCGCUACUGUUGGGAGUCCGGUUGUAGGCUGUCCUCGAUUUGAGGGUUGCGGUUGGUCGCUGCUUUCCUGUCUUGACUGAAGAUGGUGGACCGGCGGGAAGAGUUGGUUCAGAGAGCCAGGCUAGCUGAGCAGGCGGAGAGAUAUGAUGACAUGGCCGCCGCCAUGAAAGAAGUGACCAAACUGAAUGAAGCAUUAUCUAAUGAAGACCGAAACCUAUUGUCUGUGGCAUACAAGAAUGUGGUUGGUGCCAGGCGUUCCUCUUGGAGAGUCAUAAGUAGUAUUGAGCAGAAGACUGCAGCAGAUGGCAAUGAAAAAAAGCUAGAGAUGGUGAAGCAGUACAGGGAGAAAAUUGAGAAGGAGUUGGAAAGUGUCUGCAGAGAUGUUCUAAGUCUUUUGGAAGAUUUUCUAAUUAAAAAUUGCAAUGACUUCCAAUUUGAGAGCAAAGUCUUCUACUUGAAAAUGAGAGGUGACUAUUAUCGCUACUUGAGUGAAGUAGCCACUGGUGAAAAGAAGACCUCUGUAGUGGAGGCCUCUGAGGCUGCUUACAAGGAGGCUUUUGAAAUCAGCAAGGAGCACAUGCAGCCAACUCAUCCCAUCAGGCUUGGGCUUGCAUUAAAUUUUUCCGUUUUCUAUUAUGAGAUCCAGAACGCCCCUGAUCAUGCAUGUCUGUUAGCCAAACAAGCUUUUGAUGAUGCCAUAGCAGAGUUGGACACAUUAAAUGAAGACUCCUACAAGGACUCUACUCUCAUUAUGCAGCUGCUGCGUGACAACCUCACGCUGUGGACAAGUGACCAGCAAGAUGAUGAAGCAGGCGAUGGCAACAACUGAUACUUGCCCACAAUGUCUGUGUACACAUCUAAUAAAUUAAAGAUAUAUAUAUAUAUAUUGUGCUUAACAGGUACAUGUGUUGUCAGCAUAGCUACUCCACUUAAGAACAUCAGAAUUAAAAUUAAUAGCUUAGGCUAAACAUUGGCAUUGUUUGUAUUUAGGCCACUGUAAUCUUUAUUUUGCUGUAUUCUUAAUGGAAUAGUGCAGAAUAAAAGUCAACAGCUUGCUUUUUUUUAAUGUGCUAAAAGCUGGUUCUGAAAUUUUAUUCAGGAACUGAAUAUAAAGCAGUGGUUCUGCAGUUUCAGGAAAAUUCUGAAACAUGUAACAUGCAUGCAGUAAAUGUAUAUACACAACAGCUAAAAUGCUCACACCGAUGCAUACAGCCAAGAUGCCACUGUCCCUAUCACCCUGCUGCUGAUCACAACAUCAAUGUGAUGACAAGUUUAGACUGCACUGUUUUUUGCUUAAAGAACUUGUGUUCGAUAUGCUGAGUUUUAUAGCAAGAGCAUAUUGAUUUUUCUGUCUUCAACAUGGAGAUUUUUUUUUUGUUUGUCAUUGCACCAAUUUAAAAGUUUUGAUACCGGUACAAACAUCCUGGAAUAUAUUGUUUUGCAGUUUUGUACAUUUGUUUCCAUUUUUACAGUUAAGAAUUCCGGAAUAACUAUUAAAACAUCAGAAUGGAAUGCAGUGAUGCAAGUAGCAGUGAAACUGUGUAUAGAAUGCCAAACUUUAACUUCAGUUGCUUUGGAACAGAGUGGGUGGAAUAAAUGCUGCUUUAUGGUAUAUUA